AUGAAUGUGAUCAUUGUGACCCGUUUGGUGUGUGCUGACAUUUGCAAGUGUCGUCCUUGCCCAAAGACUCGACUAACGCUUCUAUCGCCACGUCCCGCUCGCGUUCGAGACCGGGAAAUAGGGAAAACCGAUGAGCCUACUUGCGAUCAACUAAAGGCUAUGUGUGAGGUUCUCAAAAAACAAGCUCGUGCAUCGGAAAUAAUGAAUGAAGUUAAUUCCUACAGAAACCCACUAAUGUAUAAUGAAUGGCCCGUGUACACCGCUAUACCAAAAGCUGCCCCCAGGUACUGA